AUGAAAUCCUCUGCAAGCAAGCAUUUCUGCUGUACCAUCUGUCAGCGAGGUUUCACCCGCAUUGACCAUCUUAAGCGCCACCAUCUGCGCCUGACAAUCUACGGGACCACUACGCGGACUGCGCUCAACGAGGAGACCGAAAGAUUCCCGAAACUGGACAAAGAGGCAGAAGGCGUCAUGCGUGCCAAUCGGCAAUGUACCUCGAUGAAGCUGCGAUGCGAUGGCCUACGGCCUUGCAGUUCUUGUCAGAAAAGAAAUCUCCAUUGCAAUAAUGAGCGUAACCAAGUGAAAGACCAUGAAGCGGAAGGCUCAGUAUCUUCCAAGAACAACGACCAAGAACCGUCGUCAGAUCGGGGAUCGAUCAAAUUCCUCCUCAAUGGAGGCACAGACACUUUCACAGAACACUGGAACCUCCCUCCCAGCAAUGACCGACCCCGUACGCUCAACGAUUAUCAGAGCCCAAGGAGCUUUGAGGAAGCCGACAGCUCCAUCUUAGACUACUCGACAAAGGGAAAUUAUCUGGAAUACGCACCAACAUACAUUGAGUCAGACCCGAUGGCUCUAUCUUUCUUCCACGACACCUUUCUCGAUUUCUUUAAUGGCCCGUUCGGAGAUCCCCAUAGGUCAACGAAUGAUCCAUAUACAACCGGGAUGGCGUAUCAGUCCAUGGCACCCUCUACGCAAGGUUCCGAUCUCAGAUUGACCGGGCAGCAGCCCGCUUACGAACAUGAAGCUCCGUUUGCAACUGCCAUGAUACAGGCGAUUUUGACGAAAGUUUGGUCCCUUCGUCUCGAUGCUAAGACGCAGGAGGAGAUUUCAGAAUUGCUGAACUUCCUCCUAACACCUACACGCAUGCGGAAGUAUAUGGCAUUGUACUUCAAGUACUGGCAGCCCAAUUGUCCAAUGAUCCAUGUUCCAACGUUUGACCCGAAGACCGUGUCGCUAUCGCUUCUCACGUCGGUUUGCUUCAUGGGUGCCAAGUAUACUGAGGAUAAGAGAGAGCUGGACGCUGCACAGCGACUAGUCGACUUUGCGGAACUGUUUGUCUUCUCCAGCGGAAUUUUCUCGAGCGAAAAUGAGAUCAGUUCGACAUAUUAUGGGGUCCAAAAUGCUGAUGUCGAUCCUAAUUGCUGGGUUCAAUUCCAGAAUCUACAGGCUGCAUUCCUCAUGGUGAUAUGUCAGUACUGGUCAGGAAGCCGUACGUCACGGAACCGAGCAAUGGAAAAUCGGUUUAGCGAAGUCAUCAAGGUUGCGCGCAGAAUGGGUCUACCCGCGUUUCAGCAUGGACCUGAGGAGCGUCUUCAUGAGUAUUUAUGGAUUCAGAGGGAGUGUCGUAUACGCGCUAUCAACUUAAUCUCGCUGCUAGACUGCGCAUUCUCGUUCUAUUCGAACUAUCCAUGCCGGUUGUCUCAUAACGAAAUGGAGUGCGCGUUGCCUUGCGUGGAGUCUGUAUUUGAAUCGGCGCAUCCAUUCCAGGAACCCAACUUCGAACUAUCCCGGGAUAUAACCCUGUCCGAAGCUUUCCAAAUGUUAUUUGAAGAAGAAGAAAGCAGCCGGGCUUCAUCACCUUCCACGUCUGGCUCUACCGUUGCAGAAACCCUCGCCAAACUCACUAUCCUGGACACGUUCAUGUUGAUUCACCUGCUUUACGCUUUCAUAAACACGCACAUGACACUUCUCGCUACUACAGUGCCAAAAACACGCGUCCCGCACUCCCAGCAGAUACACGGCUCUCGGGCCCAUAAUUAUCGUUCGGCGAUACCAGAGGACUCUACACUCGCUUCCAUACGCAUAGCACUCUCUCGGUGGCAUGAUCACUGGACCAGGCUGCGCAGUGCAACCUCCAGCCAUGACUGGGCCUCCAUGGGCUUUUACAAGAACGGCUACCAUUUCUGGCUUGUGUCGCAGCUCCUGAUAACCAAGAAAGAGAGUGUGGACGUGGUGAUGCGCAUGGAAGUGAAGUGUGAGGACAAGCUGGAGCAACUCAAAGUUCUGCUGAAGGACGACAACGAAUGA